CCUGUGAGGUUAGUGGCCCGUAGCUGGGACCCCUGGGAGCUCCGAAGAGCGAUCUUCCCCGCUCGCCUCGAGGACGGAGGGGCCGGUGGCGGCGGGAGAAUUCUUGCUGUACUUUGUCUUUUGCGUCUAUGAUACUUUAAAGAGGAAUGUCAUGCUGUGUCUAUACAGAAAACUUUCCAGACAGAGGUUCUGUGUACGUCCGGGAAAAUGGUCAGCUAUAUAAAGUAAACCAAGUGUCAGGAGGAGUACACAACUGUGCUCCAAAUCCAAGGCCUUCAAAACUGUUCUCUGAGGGAUUCUCUGUUGAGCUCUGUGUGAACAGGGAAAAUGACAAUGGAAGGACAGAUCACUUCAUCUUCACUUACACAAAGGAGGGGAAUCUCCGCUAUUCUGCUAAAUCUCUCUUCAGCCUAGCCCUGAGUUACAUUGCUGACAAUAUUAAUCAUGUUGAUUCAAUGAUUGGCUUUCCAGAGCAGAUAGCAGAAAAGCUUUUCUAUGCUGCAGAUGUUAGACAAAAAUUUACAGAGCCCGGAACAGGACUUGGUGCUUUGCAAAAAUUUACUGAUGCUUAUGGAAAUUUAGUGCUUCGAACGCUAUGCUUGAAAAAUAGUUAUCUGGUUAUUUCUGAGAAACUUGAAGAAAUUAAAUCCUUCCGGGAUCUAAUAUGCUUGGAUUUGUCCUCUUGUAAACUUGGAGAUGAGCAUGAACUGCUAGAACAUAUCACCAGUGAGAGACUAUCUAGUCUGACUCAGCUUCUCCUGAAAGAUAACUGCUUAUCGGAUAUUGGUGUUCGCAAAAUGACAGCACCAGUUCGAAUUAUGAAAAGGGGCCUUGAAAAUCUCUCAGUAUUAGAUUUGUCUUGUAAUCCAGGAAUCACCAAUAAAGGACUUAAAUACCUGUGUUCUUUCAAAAAGUUGAACUAUUUGGAUCUCUCUGGGACUGGUCUCAAGGACAAAAAAGCAGCUAUUUGUUGGAUCCAGACACAAAUUGGACUGUUUCGUUCAGAGGUGCCUUUGAAAGAAUUUGACCACAACAGCUGUAAAACAGAAGGAUGGGCAGAGCAGACCAUCUUGCAGUGGGAGCAUGCAAUCCUGGAAGCAAUUAGGCCCCAAGAAAAUUUGAACUCUAGAGGAGCAGUGCAGAGUUUCUAUGGAAAAAGACUCAAAGCAGAAGGACCUCUUGAAUACCCCACAACAACAAGAGAAAGCAAUUUUGUGAACUUGCAGUUCUACAAGGGAAGAGAGGAAAUGUCAAGUUUUUCUUUCCUAAAAGGGAAGCCAGAGAUUAAUGAAGAAUUAAUCAUUAAACACAAAAAGAAGGAUGCUGUUGAACAGAAAGAACAGAACUUUAAAUCAAACAAUUCAAGCUUCUCAAAGGCAGACUGGGAUUUGCUAAAUUCUUAUUGAAUCCAAAUUGUAAAACUAUUAGGAGUUGAAUAAAGAAAGGUAACAUGGCAUAA